UUAUUCAUCCUUUGGUAAAAAUGCCGCAGGGUCUCCCUCGAACCACUGAACCAAAGCUGCACUGGGAUUUGUUUGAUGCUCAGCUCGAAUGACACCUUCGUCAAGGAGAGCCAUUUCCUUUCUAGCUGCUUCCACGUAAGCACUGCCAUCCAUGCCAUGAGAAGCCAGUACUCUGGCCAUUGUAUUAUUGCUCCAACAAUGUAAUGAGUGAUCAUGGCCUUUUUUGCUCCAAUCAAGUGUUGGUAGAAUCACCUCAGCAUUAACCGGUACGAAUAUUGA